CAAUUUCAGACGAUCUUCACGGCAACGCUCCACUUUUGCACUGGGCACAACGAAUAAGCGGCCAGCGAGGGUCCUGGACAGAUGCGUUUCACCUUUGAGAGCGAAUAUUGUCCGUGAAGAAGCUGCUACUGGAUAUAUUCACUCAGCGUCGCCACCGUCGUUUUCGUUAACGAGACUGCUACCGUCGAAAAAUGCUCAGAGCCGACGUCUCGCGGCCAUGAUUUCACUUCACCAGACGCUUGCGAGAAGAGCGAACGAAGAAAACCUUCAGCCAUGGACUGUCAGAGUGGUUGCGUCCAUGACCGCUUUGGCAACGACCGCCGUUCUUUUGAGGUUCUGCAGUCGAUAUCUCAAACGGGCACCGCUGUGGUGGGAUGAUGGGAUGGUUUUGUUUUCAUUGCUCUGGAACUACUGCGUGGUUGGGUUCAUAUUCGCCAUGUACUACAGUGGCAUGGGAAUUCACGCUAGUCAAGUGCCCAUGAACGAUAUUGUCAUGAUGGCAAAAUGGCUGCUUGUUGCAGAGAUCCUUUACGCAUGGAAUCUGUGCUGGACCAAGAUCGCCGUAUUGCUCAUGUACUACCGAAUCUUUCACUUCAGUUUCUUCAAGCGUAUGGCCUACGGAGUUGGCGGGUUCGUUAUCAUAUGGGGAAUCACCAUCACUUUCCUGUUUAUUUUCAUCUGUGUACCGGUGCAGAAGAUCUGGUACCCCCAAUUGCCAGGUCACUGCGUCAAUCAAGUUGGCACUUGGGUCGCGAACGCAACGUCCACGAUCUUGACGGACCUGAUCAUCUUGCUAUUGCCAAUUCGAGAGCUGUGGAAGCUGCAGCUUAAGAAGUUCGAGAAGGUUGCCUUGACACUGACGUUCAGUCUGGGCUUUUUUGUGGUUUUUGCCUCGGCGUACAGAUUCUCAGUUCUCUUCUCAUACACUUCAAAGGACCCGACCUAUACGCUCGCCCCGACUGUCGGCUGGACGUCUAUUGAAAUGUCCGCAGGCAUUGUCUCCGCAUGUCUUCCUGUUAUGCGACCGAUAAUUCAAUUUGUUGCCAAAAAACUCGGCCUGGACGGUUCUAUGUUUCUGAGCAAUCCUUUACCUGGUAUGUCUAAAUCGUCGAAAAGACAUUCGUCGAAGCGAUCGGGGACAGGCACAGACGUGGAAUUGAGCCGAUCAUUGACAAAGAAGGACAAUGCCAGCAGCUGGCUGGAGGACCAAGACUCCGAGAGUUUAGUUCCACCUGCGAACGUGAAGCUACGGCCUGACCACGGAUUCGAAUUCCGCGUGACGAGUAGCCACACGAACGGAGAUUUUGAUCUUUCCGACAACUACGGCAAGGUAGACCACCGCAUCAUGGUAACGACAGACUUCAGCCACACUACCAAUAAGAUCUGAGCGACCGCAUUUUGGGAGGAGAUUGUGAGCGUUGUUGCUUCGGCUAAGGUUAGACGAGAAUUGCAAGCAUAUAUGCCAGUUGCAACCUACAGGCUUCAAAGCUUGUUGUGGACAUGUCAUCUCUGCGCGAUGGAAGCGUACGAAAAUAGAACUCGAAUGUAGACGCAAAUGCCAACGCCGUCUGCCAGAUUCAAUUUGAUAGCCAUACCCCAAAUUAGUGCGGGAGCAAAUCCGGCCCGUAGGGCAUCAAGUUUGUUCCCCCAAAUACUUCGCAACGCGAUCGUCAGUAUAGAAUAUUUCAUGCAAUCUUUUGG